AGAACAAAAACUUGUCGAGACGAAAUCGUAGGUGGCGCGCGAUUUUAUUUUUCCUAUGUCAACAUCGUCAGAAAGUUAUGGCUGUGUUUUUAGACGAAAUUCUUCUUCAUAUAUUUGGAUAUCUUAAUGGACCGACUCUGACGAAGUGCUCGUGGGUUUGUAAGCAGUGGAGGAGCAUCGCUAAAACUCCGUCGCUUUGGCGAAGACUUGUACUAUUGCGGUGGCCAUCGCAGAAGUUUCUGUACGAGAAAGUGUCUCUAUCGUGCGUCAAUUGGAUGAACACUUAUCAAGAGUUGUCUCUAAGGGGAAACUAUACAGCCGAUUAUAUGAAAUAUUUCAUCUGCUGUUGUGUUAGCGGUGAUGAGUUGACCGAGAUUGAAUUGCGUGAAAGUAUGUUCUUGCACAUGGCGGGAACCAUGAUGAAGUGGGAAGUUCCGGAUGUUUUUGAGCAGGAGGACGAGUUCAACACGUCAGGUUUCAAUAAGAACUUUGAAUUAUUCUUUGACACUCACGAUCUCAAGUGGACUUUCAUCGACAAGCGAAGGGGAUACAACGAGGACUGGUUUAGUGGCAAAAUGAAAGCUUCGACAAAACCAGCACGCUACAUCCGACCGUAUCAAGUUAUCCCUAGUUGCAUGGUUAUGUUUCGUUGGCUUUGUCUAUUUCGUGCCUAUGCGACGGAGGAAACCGGGUUAACUUUUUAUCGCAUAUGGAGAUACCGGCUGAAGCACAGGGAGACAGGGGUUCAUUUCGAAGUUUUCGAUUGGAAAGCUGCUAUGUCGUGUACCUUGUCCAACGGCAGUCCAACAUCAGUAGCCUUCAGAGAAGAUGCUCUCGAACUUCUUACCCUACUCACCCACCCUCAUUUUCUGAUGCAUCCUAUGGGGGUGAGUACGUUCAAGGAGUUGUUCCUGUCCCCUCCGAAACUUCUCAGUAGUAGAUGUAACUCUGCAACAUCGUCACUAUCUAGCUGUGGGUUAUCUAGCCCAAGAUCGCCAUUGAGAAGCAUCAGUAAUCAAUUUUCUUUUGAGAGAAAGGACACUAAGGCUAGACGUAUAAUUGCAAGUAGCACCACUGACAGUGAUGAUGAAUCAGAAGGAGGCUUUGACACUGGUUAUGUCAGUAACUGUGAAUACUUCAUUAGCAGCAAUCACUGGGAUAUUGAGGAACAGCACAAAAUUCAAGCAGAAGUGGCUGGGAUGUGGACAGUAGUAAAUAACAAUUAUGUCCCCCAUUUGUUUGUAAACUAUGAUGUAAACAAUAAUAUGUGGGUGUUUCAUGACUGUAUGCCUACCUUCCCCGAACUCUGGAUUCAGGGGGGUGUCACAUUUGAUGCAAAUUAUGACUCACUACAUGGUCACGGAUUUGGAGUUGAACCCAUUCCAAGCUGUCUUGCCUUGUAUCGUUUGGUUUGCCUGAUGAAUAUAAAUGCUCGUGUUUAUGUCAGUAUGGAGGAUGCAUCAAUCUGGGCACUUCACUUAAUCCACAACACCACAAGAGCCGUGCUUCAUCUCAAAGAUCUCAAUGGUAAGAUUUCAAUUCUUUGUAUUUUUAGAAAAUUGUGUAGAUCUGAUAUGCAUGAAAUAUAAAUAUUGCCAAUUUGACUAUUGGUGUGAUUAAAGAUUUAUUUGAUCAUUCUUAACUCCUUUAGCAGAUGUUUCCUAUUAUUAAGCUUUCUUGAUUCCAUUGUUUUUAUAUUUGUUUUAUUAAAUGUUUUGUCUUGGGAAAAAAGGAAGAUCAAUCUUAAUAGGAUUUAAUAUCAGUAGAAAAUUGAGGUGAGUCAAAUUUACUUCUGGUUUUAGUUAAAUCUCUCAUCGGAAAGGAGAAUCCAAAUAUCUUGCUUGUCAAUCUUUGCAUGAUCUGAAACAUGUCUCCCGUCGUAAAUCUGAUUGAAGUAUCAGACGUAAUUAAAAGUAAUUUCCAUAAUACCACAAAGAAACUUAUUCCUUCAAGCAUGACCACUUUCAUGAAAUAAUAAGCAGUAAUUUGCCGUUUUGUGAAAAACCUAGCCAUUGAAGUCUCUAGAGAACAUAUUUGGUGGGAAUGUUACCUGUAAUUUCCAUAUCUUUCCUUACAAAUCUGCUGAAUCUAUUUUCUUUUUCUAAUUUUGGCAUAAGAGGAUGUGGGAGUAAUUAACAUCUCUGGAUUAAAUACUUGAAUAGGACAUAAGAUUGCUGAAGAUAAGGGGAUAAAGUCAUUUUAGGAAGAAUGCGCUCUGCCUUAGAUUUUAAAACAAUUACUUACAGAUUAUUUCUUGCUUGCAUCAUUAAAUCUCUUUUGUUUGACAAGUAAUAUCCUUAUAUUUGGUUUAAAUUAAAAAAAGAUGUAGAAGGUUUUCUGCAUGAAUGAUUUGCCUUCUAGAAUGAAAUUAUGAUCAAAGGUUGUUUCACCAUUUUGGCUGUGGGCGACAUGUGGUGAGCAUUUUGUUAUCAUAUGAUCAACACAAGGUGCUAAAUAUAAAAGAAUCUGAUCAAUUAGGACCUCAAAAAUGCAAUGUGAUAUUAAUACAUGCUUCUGCAGGGGCUCACAUUUCCUUUGUGGUUUCCAACUGAGUAUUUAACAGGAUAUAAAAAUGUUUUUUUUUUUUUUUUUUACUAAAGCCAUGUGUUGCCUUCAAUGCGUGUGUUAUCAGGCAAGCUCACUGGCCCCAGGUGAAUCAAUUGAAGCCUUUAAGUUAAGGUUCAUGCAGGAAUUGGGGUCACAGUUUAGAUUGAAAAAAAAAAUUCACAGAUUCCAGUUAGGUUAUCAAAUUAAAAAAGAACUGGGCUUUCCUAGAUUACCAAGCUUAAGUUAAGCACAGCCUUAAAGUUUGUUACUAUAAACCUUGAAAAGAACUGCCUAAUUCUGUUUUUGUUGUGGAUUUAUAUGUGCUCUGAUCUCCCUUACAAUUUUAACCAAAGAUUGCUUAAGUAGUUUAGUACUACUGAAACUCUAAGAAUUAGAUUUCAAAGUGCAUACUUGUACAAAAGCCAAAUGCUGAUCUUAAAACUGAAACUAAAGUAAUAUUCCUUUUAUUCAUUCACAUAUAACAGCUUUAUACAUAACAAAUUAACUUUAAAUAAUUUGAUGAUACCAAUGUGUUACCAUUUGGAAUAUUAGUCUGGUGGAUAUAACUUUAUUGAAAAUGCAUGUCACAGGAGUGGUGGAGUAACACAAUCUUGUUAUUGUGUAAAAUAUUUGUAAAAUGUGAAAAUAGGGCUUAGGGCAGUUUUUAAUGUGUUUACCAAUAAUCUGCUUGUCAUGCAAUGCUUGGCUUUGUUUCAAAAAUGCUAUGUCCCCAUUAUUUUGGCAUGCAACAAUUGCAUUUUCUCCUACUGUGAGCAUAUAAACACUUUUUAAACCACUCAGGGCAAGAGAAUAACAAAGCUUAAUUUGAAAUAAGCAGUGAUAUACAUGUUUUAUAUUCAAUUUGAUACUACAUUCCUAACACAAAAUUCUUAGAAAUAACCCAUUGUAAAGACCUGAAUUCCCUCAGUUACAUGUAAUAAUACCUUAAGUUUCUACAACCUCUUUCUAUCUUUACUUUUGGAGGGUGACUACUUUAUAAAAUAAAUGAAAUUUGAGGUGUAAUUUUACAAGUUAGUUUGAAGUUGGUACAAAUUCAUGAUUUAAAUUUGUACAAUUUACAUCAAUAUCACUAUACCCUUAAGCUCAAAUCUGUUACUCUUCCUUUUAGCUGUCAUCACAUGUUUUGUUGACUUGUGAAUUGUUUUUAAAUUAUAAUUUUUUCUUUUUUCUAUAAAUGAAGAUACCACCUCCUGACUGAUUUGAUGAUUAAAUCUUAUCUCCUUGUUGUUGAACAAAUAGAAUUAACAUGUUGAUAAUAAUUGUAUUUUUGUUAUAUAUUUAUUUAAUUUGUAAUUAAUGAUUAUGUAAAUCAUAAUUAAAUCUUCUAAUAACAACAGACUUUUAGAGAUUUGCAUUUAAUUUAAAAAAAACUUUUUUCUGAAGUGAAUAACCAAAAAGAAUGUGGGAAAGGUGUUGAUGGGAUGGCUCAUUAGUUUUGUUUUUUUAAUCAAAAGGGUUACUGUGCUUUAAGACAAGGUUUUUGUCUUUGUUUGAAAAAACAUUGUCAAUCAUAUACACGAGGCUGCCCAGUUUUCCAUAAAAAAUAACUUUUUGAGAUUGAAAGUUAUUCCAACUGAUCUUAGAUUCAAAAUAAAGACAUGAUUUCCUUGUUCAAGAAUGGUUACCAUCACAGCAAUGUAGGUUUAAUUUGAAUCAAAUACUUACUGUGUUCUUAAGAAGACAAUCCAGAGUCUAAUUUUUUUCUUUUCUUCCAUUCAAUUCUAGGCUGGUUUGAUGCUUCAGUCACCUUAACUGAAGAUAUGCAAAACCAGCUCAGGGAAGCCUCAGACAGAAACACAGAGUUAGAAACAGUGCAGUGGUGUGAGGUCUCUACCCCUGUACCAGCUCCUGACAACAUCAGUGAGUAUGUUGCCAGUGAUGAAGAAAGUGAUGAUGAUCUUGAUGGCCAAGAAGCAGAGGAUUUCUAUUGUGUGACACCAACACAUUCUGAUGAAGAGAGGAGCAGUAUCAGCUCAGCAGGUAGUGAGGUUGAUUCUGAUGACCUUGAAGAUCAGCUUUGGUUUUCAGGAAUGCAUCCACAGUUUAUAGGAGAAGACGAAGAAGAAGAAAAAGAAGCCAGUUUUUGGAAAAGGAGCUCUGGAAUGCAAGAUUUUGAAUUUGCUGAGAGCACAAGUACCUUUUGGCAGUCACUUGAUGUACCUGUCUACCAAACCUUAUCAAACAGCUCUGAUGUAGAAAAUCAGGGAGGUGCAUGGGGAAUGGCCUUAACUACUGAAAACUGCGACAGUUUUCAGAAUGCAGGUCCUCUAGAGGAUGCAAACGGGAUUGGUUAUCCCCCCUCUGACAGUGGCAAGAACAGUCAACUACAACCACCUAACAGCCAUUAUUCAGAUAGUGAAGGAAGUGAAGUGCCAAGUGGUGAGUCAACCGCUGUUAGCACCCUAAAACAAUUUAAACAUGAUGUGACAGUACUGCUGAACCUGUUAAUGGAUGAAAAAUUUGCGCAUCCAUAUGGAACAAUAGCAGGAGCAGUAGCAUAGAAAGAUUAGAUUAACAUGGACAUUCUUUUCCUGAUCGCAUGCACAAACGCAAAAUGCCUUUGAUGAGAAUUAAUGGUGCAACUGUACACUGAAUUGGUUGAUUGUCAUGAAACUAGACAAGUGAAUAUUGUAGCUUUCUUUACUUGUUUUCUCUUACUUUGAUUCCUACUCUCUUUGAUUGUUUUGGUUUGUUAGUUGUUGCAUUAGUUACUGUAAAGUUUUUUACUGUAAAUCAUUGGCAUGUUUACUUUGUGUAGAUUGAUUUUUAUGAGAGUAAAACAAUGUUUGUAUGUAUAUUAGGGAUUAAAUUGCUGUUACAGCUUAAUGAAAAUGUUUAGUAACAAUAGUUGUACAUUUGUUGAGUUUUACUCCAAUCUUAUGCAAGGUUUCGUGAUGAUUGAAUGAUAUAACUGUAUAGAAUGCAACAAGAAAGAGACUUUUAUUGUAAAAGUUUUAACUCAUUACAAGGUCUUUAAACUUACUCUGAAAUUAUUAACACUCUCAAUAAUACUGUUUGCAGCUAGUGUAUAAAUGGCCAACAUAAUUAUAUUGUACAUACCCAGUACGUUUAGACAGGUUUAUGUGUCUUAUCCUUGUGUUUAUGAUCAUUUUGACUGUAUUCUGUUCAUGGUGUUGUGCUUUGAUGAAUAACUGUAAGUCUCCUUUGACUUCACAUUUUUUUUUUUUUUUUUGCUAUGAUUCUGUUAUGUAAAAAACAACAAGAACUUUGGAAAGAUGUGCUUUGCUCAUCAGCAACUGGCACAAUAUUUUUCGUGCAUGUUUGAAAUCAGUUAGCAGAUGUACCUAAAAAAAGUUUUUGAUCAUAGGAUUUACCUACUGUAAGAGAUGUAGUUCAAAGUGUCAUCCAGCAAAUCAGUGGCCUGCGCGAGAAAACGCUCGAGGGGAACGCGCGAGAGGAACGGUGAACAGGGAAGAAUUCCUUAAAUUUCGCCCCAUUCGCCUUAAAUUUUUCCCUCU